AUGAACUCACUUCUCCAAAGGCUUCGCAUCCAAGAGGAUCCUAACCGGCCUGUACCCAAGGAAGCCUACGGAUGGCGGGUGUACGCACAAGCAUUAUGCGCAGCAGGAGUGAGUUACAAGCACGAAGUCAUUCAGUGUGAGCACGAAGUCAUUCGGUUUAAGCGUUGACGAGCGUGAAAGGGCGCUUCUCUGGUCGGCUAUGACCAUGCAUACAUCGGCGGCACCUCUACACUUUCAAGCUUCCAGCACGCAUUCGGCAUCGACCCCAGGAACAAGGCAGCACUCCUCGCUAACAUAAUGUCUACAAUGAUCGCAGGAUGCGCUCUCGGCAGCGUGAUGGGCUACAUCCUUGCAGAGAAGCUCGGCCGCAAGAAAGCCCUCCUCUUUGCCAGCAUCGUCACAUCCAUUGGCGGCAUGAUCCAGAUGUUCAAAGGUCACAUCGGGCUUCUCUACGCUGGACGUAUCAUCUCUGGCGUCGCUAUCGGAACCGUGAUAGGUACGAUACCUGUCUACAUCAGCGAGAUUGCGCCACCAACCAUUCGUGGACGGUUGGCAGGCAUGGAAAUGUGCGUAGCAUUACUGACGCAGCUUCUCGGAUACUGGAUCAACUAUGCCGUCGAGAGGACCAUUUCUCCAAAGCUUGAUACUCAAUGGCGCAUACCAGUCGCCAUACAAUUCGUGCCUCCCGGUAUUCUAUUGCUGUCCCUUCCUUUUAUGAUCGAGUCCCCACGUUGGCUGGUUCAUCAAGGACGGCACCAGCAAGCUCUCGAAUCCCUGGCAUGGAUUCGGAAUCUCGCCCAAGAUCACGAAUACGUUCAGUGGGAGCUCAGUGAAAUCCAGAAAAGUGCAGCUUCGUCACUGCAAGGGACUUUCAAACAAAACACAGCUGCAUCGUGGAAGGAACUCAGACAACCUGGAACGCGGAGGAGACUGGUACUCGCCACGACGUGCAAAAUUUUGCACUCUAUCAAUGGGUAUGUUCGGCUACCGCAACGCUCACGCUACCUUGCUGACUGUUGCCCACAGAAUGACUCUCCUGUCUCUAUACGGACCGCUGUUGCUCGUAAAGGUCGGUUUCGUCAAGAAGUCAGAAGCUCUCUUCUUCACAGGAUUCUAUGGCGUUGUAAAGGUUGUCGUGACGGCAAUUUUCACGUUGUUCUUAAUCGACUCUUGGGGCCGUAGAAAGACAGUAUUGACAGGAACUGUCUUCGUCUUCGUUGCGCAAUUCUACCUAGGAACCUUCUCUGGGGUGUCAAAGUCUUUUGAGCAUACACCGCCAAGAGAUGCCGCACUCUGGCUGGCUUUAGUGGCAAUUUACGUCUGGGUGAGUUGAUUUGUUGCCAACAGCUGGCUUUCUACCGAUACUGACAUUUUCAUCCACAGACCGCCGCUUAUGCCGCCGCUUGGGCCUGGUUUCCCAGCGUCUUCGCCUCCGAAAUCUUCCCAACCCAUCUUCGCGCAAUGGCGCUCAUGUGCAUCAACGUCGUCGGCUGGAUCAUGCAUUUCGUGGUGGCGUACAGCACCCCGUACAUGAUCGAACACCUCAAGUGGGGAACAUUCAUUUUCUUUGGGUGCCUGGGUGUUCUCAGUACGGUAGUGGUCUUCGUUUGGGUUCCGGAGACGAGUUCGAUCCCCUUGGAGAAGACGGGUCUCUUAUUCGAGGGUUCAAAGUGGGCGAGAAAGGCGAGGAAAGAUGCGGAGAGGAAAUUGGAAGAGGAGGCAAGGAAGGGCUCUUCUAGUUCGACUGGCUCUGUGGAAUUGGAGGGCACGGAGACGGUCGUUGUUGGUGAGAAGAAGGAUCAGCGGGGCGAUACUGUCUGA